CAAAUCUCAAUGCAACUAUCAAAUAAUUGCUGAAUUUUGCAGCUUCCACAAUCUGAUCAAAACCCCCAUUUUUUUAGCUUUUCCUUGGAUUCUUCACUCAAAAGUUUCUGCUUUUAAAAAUGUUCUAUCCUGUUGCUCCCACUUGCAGCUUUUGAAGUUUUGGAUUCUCUUUAGCAGUUGAAUGAUUUUUCAACGCUAAAAAUCUUGUCUGUUCUUGAUUCCAUCUUUUUCAUGAAGAAUCUCCAUCUGGGCAUUCUUUAAAUGGCUCGAAAAAGCUGCUUUUCAUAACUUAUGCCUUAUACUUAGAGUUUAGCUUAGGGUUUGUCCCUGCUUAUUGGUCAAGAAAAUUAAGUGGGUUUAGUAAGAAUUCUUGUUGAUUAUGACAUUUGAUGCUGUGGGUAAUCAAUAAAUUUUGUUCUGAGAUAUGGAGUUGUUUGACUGUAGAUAAUUUUCAUUUAAAGAAAUGAUAGAAACCAUGGAUGAUGGGGAGGUAGAGCUUUCUGAUAAUGUUCAAUUAUCGAAUCCUGAUUCGUCUAUUGAUUUUCCGGCUACAACAUCCAUUGAUUCAUUUCUUGAUGAUAUCUUGAAAAACACCAGAACCUGCACCCACACUCACACUUGCAACCCACCCGGCCCUGAAGCGGCUCAUACACAUACAUGUUAUCACACUCACACCCAAGUUCUUUCAUCUCAAGAAGAUGAACAACCAAAUAAUAAAAAGAAAACUAGUUCAAAACCAAGAAGACAAUCAGGAAACAGAGAAGCCGUUCGGAAGUAUAGGGAGAAAAAGAAGGCUCACACGGCUUAUCUUGAAGAGGAAGUCAAGAAAUUGCGGCUAUUGAACCAGCAAUUGGUCAGAAAAUUACAAGGGCAAACAGUUCUUGAAGCUGAGGUUUUGAGAUUGAGAAGUCUUUUCCUAGACCUUAGAGGAAAGAUUGAUCAUGAGUUGGGUAUUUUCCCCUUCCAAAAGCAGUGCAAUGGUACUACUAUGUAUAAAGAAGGUGAUUGUGGGGUGCAAUCUACUGAUGGGGCAAUUGGCCUACAAUGUCAGGCUAACUUAACAUGCUCCCAUCCAAAUGCUGGAUCUUCAUUGCAGUCUGGUGUUGGUAAUGGAAGCAGGAAAAUGAUGGUAUCAUUGGAAGAAAACUGUCACCCUACAAUUAAUGAUUGUAGCACAAAUGAGAUGGUGAAUACUGAAGGAAAAACAAUGGAAACAGUGGAAACCUUAGGGUCAUCAGCAUCACAAGCCAAAUAAGUAGCAGCACAGAUAUCAUUUGUAAGUUUCAUGUGUCUUUGAUCCCGUUGUAACAGUCUGCAUAAGUUCAUACUGGUAUACUAGCUUUCAAUGUAACAUCUUUAUGGCAGAGUUUAGUUAUUAGUCCAAUGUAGUGCUCAUAAAGAUUAGUAGUAAGUCAAUGUAUAUGCUCAUUUCCAUAAUACAAGGUUAACUCUACAAAAUUAUAUACUUGAGGAUGAAGCUUUUAGUUUUAGUAUCUCUGAAUACUUUGUAUUAAGCCCAGUAUGUAAAUAAAUGCCUCUCAGCCAUGAUGAAUUUGCAUAUCAA